UCUAGGGAGAUGUUCACAGCUCUAUGGCAGAAUCUGAAGUCCCCCGAACGUCUAAGCGACGAAAUGCUACCCUCAUUGCCUACGACCGUCGAUGAAUCGACAAUUAAGCGGGCGUCCCCAACGGCUUCCUGCCGCAUAGUACCCUGGAGCCAUUCCUUACGUCCCGUAAGGAAUGCUGUGCAUAUCGGGGUCGUGGACUGGUCCACUGCAGAAGCACUGGCCUUUGGAACUUUGUGUCUCGAGAAGCAUCUUAUGCGCCCUACAGGCAGGAUGUCCAACAAGGAACAUUCUGGCAACGUUAUGCGGUUUGCACCACCAGACCACUGGCGAAUCUUAGUCCCCCUCAACAAUGUUGCCGAAGAUCAGGCACGCUUCGAGGUAGAGAACUCGCCUCUGAGUGAAUUCGGUGCCUUGGACUUCAAGUACGGCGGAACGCUGGCAGCUCCAAACUCGCUCGUUAUGUGGGAAUCUCAGUUCGAAGUGUUUAAUUGA